AAUGCACUUCAUUUGAGCAUUGAGGGUACUAGGGGGCCACAGAACUCGUGCAGAAGUUUGGACCUUCCAAAGCGAAACUUCUCCCCCAAAGCGGGCUUCUUCUUUCUUCCACGACUUGGACUGAAUUAAACCUCCACGACAAGGAUGUCUCUGGAGGUGCAGUCCAAGUAUGACCGGGGGUACCAGGAUGAGGGGCAAGGCCUGGUUGAGCUGGGGACGGCGCACGACGCUGUCCCUAAGACGACAGCACAGCCGAAGUAUGGCGACGACGACGACCUGCUGCCCGUGGUGCUGGAGCGCUACUUGGAGAAGGCUGGCGUGAUGCAGAAGCUGCGCCCCUACCUGGACCCGUCGGGCCAGGUGAAGAACGAGUUCGCGCGUUGCCUCAUGGCAGAGUUCUUCGGCACGCUGCUGUUUCAGAUGUUCGGUGGUUCCGCGCCAGCGAAGGACACCACCGCGCCCGCUGCCAACGGUUUCGCGCUGGUGGCUGUGAUCUACGCCUUUGCCAACAUCUCGGGCGCCCACAUCAACCCCGCGGUGACCUUCGCGCUCAUCUGCACUGGCCACAUGAAGUGGUGGAAGGGACUGCUGUACAUGAUUGCUCAGAUCCUGGGUGCUAUCUUCGGCGCGCUCAUCUACGCCGCUCUGAUCCCCGCGCUGCACCUGGGCGCCGGCGCUGGCUCCCCCGGCUGCUUCAGCCCAACCGCGGGCGUGAAGAACGGCGACGUGUUCGGGUGGGAGGUGAUGAUGACGUUCCUGCUGGUCAUGACCGUGUACGCUGCCGCCGUCGCCAAGCCGGGCCACGGCAACACCGCCCCCCUGGCCAUCGGCCUGUCGCUGUACGCCGCCGCCAUCUCGGGUGGCCCCUACACCGGCGCCUCGCUGAAUCCCGCCCGUACCAUCGGCCCCGCCGUGGUGUUCACCUGCAACGUGGGCGUCUCCUUCCUCUACAUCUUCGCGGAGUUCUUUGGCGCUGCCUGCGCUGCCGGCCUGUCCAUCUUCCUGUACGGCCGCGCCCCCGACAGCGUGCGCCGGCCGGCGAUUUAAGCUGCCAGGCGAUGGAGUGGAAUCCGUGUCGGAGCAGCGCGCGGGCCUGCCCUCCAUACACAAUGUGUAUGGCAGCGCGCGGCUGUGCGUGGGAGGGCUGGGCGGAGGCCUUCUUGGUGGGAGGAUGAGGGGAUGAUGGCAUGUGGUGACUGUUGAGUCAGGUGUGUGAGGUGUACAUCGGCGGGCUGCACAGAGGCCUUGAGUGACCCUGCCUUUUUGGGUUGCAGCGGGCAGCACGCUUGUGGCGAGUGCUGCAAUUGGCACGGCCGACGUGCACUAGAAACCAGCGAGCGGAGAUUGACAUGACUGACUGGAGUGAACCCGGAUGUGAGCGCCGUAGCUGCGUGCUGCGGUAGUGUUCGGAAGUGGAGGGCGCAUAGUAACAUGGAGGGUUGGGCCGAUGCGCGGCCCUGUGGGCAGCUGUGGGGACGCUGCUGGGGGUAUGGAGGAGAGAGGCACUACACAGACGUCCGUCUGACAUGCCCCGUGGAGAGCCGUAGAUGUACUUGGGGCGCCGCAUGACCUGCCAGGCAGGUGGACUACUGGCACACUUGGUCUUAUUGCCCCAGGCAAUAUCGGCACAGCGGGUGUAAUG